UAAGAGCCGUUGAACAUGUAUGGGAAAUGCAGAGAGUGGAAAAUAAAACAGUAAAUGACAUAUCAUAUGAUAAUUUCAUAUCAUCAUUAUCAUUAAGAUAUUAAUUAAAACUUCCCUGAAACAAAAGAUAACAUAAUCAAAACACAUUAAUUAUAAUAUUAAAUGAAAUUAUUCCCUGACAUACCUGUUUAGAAUAUCACGCCUAUAAAAUUUUGGUUUUAAUCCUAUCCAAAUUCUAUACUAAUCUUUCUUCACCAUUCUUAUCAUUUUCACCCCCAAUAAAAAAAAAAAAAACCCUAUUAUUUCGAUCCUUUUUGCAAGAACCCUAGAAUUCAUUUUGAUUUUAUUUUUUGCCGAAUUAGAUAAUCUAAUCUUCCGAAUAUCCCUGCUUCUACUACUGAUUGAGCGAUUUGCUCAUAAUUCUGCUAAUUUUGAGAUUACUGAUUAAAUUUGCGCUUGGAAUUACAUUGUUGACUUAUUGAUUUAUUGUUUGAUUAUUGAAUUGCAUUGUUGUUUGGGAUUGAUUUUGGAGUGAAUAAGUUGGUGAACUAUCGAAAAGUCGAAGGCAUAGCAAAAUUUGCAUAGGGGAGUUAGUGUUUUUCAUUGAUGUGAGAAGGGGUACUGGGGAAUAAGGCAAUGAGAGGUCAAUUUGUGGGUUUGAAGAUACAAUGACCACUAAGUCAUUGGGAUUACGUACCGGAAGUAAUGGAUCACUGCAUUUACAGCAAUCAAAUGGCGUAUUGCAGAAUCAUACCUCCUAUGUCUUCCCACGGAAGUCAUCGAAAGUGCAACUUUCAAGUUACCGGGAAAAGGAAAGGGAAAGGUGCAUCCCAUUUGUUUGUAGAUACUUGUGCCGAGGAAAAGUUGGAAUGGUGAUACUGUUUGUCUUUGCCCUGCUGAUUUUUGCUUCAGGCUUCUUCACAGUUAACAAAGAAACGAGUGGUAGCAACCAUAGAGGUUUUCUUGAAGCUCUUCAAGAGACAAAAGUUCGUGGAAUAAGUGUUAUUAGUUCCCUAUCUUCAACUCCUACAUCAAAGAAUCUUACGAAGGAUGGAGACAACUCAACAUUACAAAUUACUGGGAAUAGGAACAGUGGAAAAUCUCUUGCGUUUAUCAUAGAUCCUGGGCUUCAUCCAUGCAAAAACUUCACUUUUCCCCCUCCUCCUCCACAUAGCACUAAACGGAUCGGGCCAAGACCUUGUCCAGUAUGUUAUCUAUCAAACAAGCAAGCUGAAGCAAGUAUGCCAAGUUUACCAUCGGCAUCUCCAGUGCUUCAACAUUUGACUUUUGUGCAAGGGGAGAACUCUACUAAAAGUGAAACUCAUCGAGGUUCAGACUUUGGUGGAUACCGUUCUUUGAAGCAGAGGAAUGACUCUUUUGACAUAACAGAGUCAAUGACUGUACACUGUGGGUUUGUUAACAGUAGUAGGCCUGGUCGUGGAGGUGGAUUUGAUAUUGACGAAGAAGAUCUUCCUGAGCUGGACAAGUAUCAUGAUGUCAUAGUUGCAUCUGCAAUAUUUGGAAACUAUGACAUUAUACAAGAACCAGUAAAUAUUAGCGAGAUUGCAAAGAAGCGUGUUCCAUUUUAUAUGUUUAUUGAUGAGGAAACUGAAAAUUACAUGAGAAAUAAGAGUAUCUUAGAUAGCAGCAAGAUGGUGGGCCUUUGGAGAAUUAUUGUUGUCCGUAAUGUUCCAUACACUGAUGCAAGGCGCAAUGGAAAGGUUCCUAAGCUUUUAUUGCACAGACUCUUUCCCAAUGUCCGAUAUUCAAUAUGGAUUGAUGGAAAACUUAAGCUUGUACGGGAUCCUUAUCAAGUUCUUGAAAGGUUCUUGUGGCGUGAGAAUGCGACCUUUGCCAUUUCAAGGCACUAUACAAGAUUUGAUGUGUUUGUAGAAGCUGAGGCAAAUAAAGUCGGGGGAAAAUAUAACAAUGCCUCUAUUGAUGAGCAGAUUAGUUUUUAUCGUAAUGAGGGUUUGACCCCAUAUACUGAGACAAAAUUUCCUAUUACUAGUGAUGUUCCUGAGGGUUGUGUGAUCGUUAGAGAGCACAUUCCAAUUACAAACUUAUUUACCUGCUUGUGGUUCAAUGAAGUUGAUCGUUUUACUUCUAGAGAUCAGCUAAGCUUUUCUAUUGUUCGUGACAAAAUAAUGUCGAAAGUUAACUGGAGUAUUUACAUGUUUCUUGAUUGUGAAAGACGGAACUUUGUGAUACAGGCAUACCAUAGAGGAGUUAUAAAAAAUCGGCCCCCUCCACCACCUCGUAGAAUCAUAGUACAUCGAGAACCAGCUAUACGAAUGUCGCCAACUAUAAAUAGAGAAGUGGGUAGGAAAAUUCCUUCAAAGCGUGGAAAAGAUAGGAAGUCUGGUUCAAGGCGUCACCGCAAAGUUGUUGCAGGUAGCAGGGACAGCAAUUUUUCCUAAGGGGUUCUUCCGUUUUAUGUCUUUUUCUUGCUUGCUUAUAUUUUUUAGCCCACUUGAUCUCAAUAUAACCUUGAAAUUUAAAUUUUUGCACUGUAAAUCCAUUACAAAUUUACAACAUGAUUCAUCAACAGUAUAGAUAGUAGACUAGACAUACUGCUCGUAGGACAGUUAGGAAGAAAAGCAAAAGACCCAUUUGGUUGAAUCGAUUUGUCAAUAUCGAACUCACAAUUUUACUCUUGUAAAUACAUUUUAAUGAAAAAUUUUCAUACAAGUUUCUCUUA